AAUGCACCUGUUUCAUGCUGAUAAUUGAUUGCGAUUGUGUAGUUACCGGGUACUUCUGGGAAAGUUUGGGAAACCUUUUAUUUUCCUUCAUGUAUUCGGAAGAAGAUCAUCAUGCCUGGUAAAGUUAAUAGUCAGGAUAUAUAUCACCUUGCCCAUGCAGGAUAUGCGCAAAAAUUGAACGAAUAUUUGUCGAAAAAUGCGAAUAAAUCAAACAUCAACGAGUUCUCCAAGGACGGAGCUACACCUUUGAUUUUGAGCGUACAGGGGUCUCGAGUUGACCCCGCAGCUCCGGGGACGAGCCACGUCGAGUGCUGUGAACUCCUUCUCAGCCAUGGGGCUAAUCCAAAUUUAUCGGAUAAAUUGGGAAGAACUGCCCUUCACUGGGCGGUCUUCUACAAGAAACCAGAGUUUGUCAAAGUUUUAUUGAAAGAGGAAUGUGACAUCACUAAAGAAGACAAGAAGGGACAGAAUGUGAUGCAAUUUGCAAUAAGAAUGAAUGCUGCCAAAUGUUUGCAACUUAUUUGUGAGACCAUGACCGAUGAAAAGAUUUUGUCCAAGCCAAGUACAUCUGUUGGUACCCCUCUCAUCCAAGCAACCAAACUAGGCCAUCAAGAAUGUUGUCAGAUCCUUCUCCAAUCUGGAGCUAAUAUAGAUAUCCAGGACCAGGCCUAUUUUGAUAAGACAGCUCUUCUUAUUGCUACUGAACUCAACAAUCCAGAUAUUGUGGAGAUGCUCAUCAAAUAUGAUGCCAAUAUCCAAGCUGAAGAUGCCCAAGGCAACACCUGCUUGCACCUGUCCUGUACCCUUACCAGUCCAAAAUGUCUGGAGCUAGUCCUGCAGGGGUGUAAAAAGGCUCCUGACCUGGUAGGAAAGAGGAACAAGGCAGGACUGACACCACUCAUGGUAGCAUGCCAGCAGGGUCUAGAGAAACAUAUAGAACUUCUUCUUAAAUAUGAAUCACCUGCUAGCAUCCAGGAUGAGCAAGGUAAAACUGCUCUCCAUUACGUUACCGGGAAAGGACUAAAAUCAUCUGCAGAGCUCCUUGUAGCCACAGACUCUGGUCUACCAUGGACUCAAGAUGCAGAAGGACGUACACCGCUUCAUCUGGCAGUCAUUGAGGGCAAGAAGGACCUUGUUGAAUUCUUGAUUGAGAAGAGUGGUGUAAAUGCACAGGAUAACCAAGGACAUACUCCCAUUCAUUGGGCUGUUGUUUGUGGUGUCCAUGACCUGAUUGAAACCCUGGUUGAUCAUGGAGGUGAUCCGUCCCUGAUUGAUGACCACGGUGCUAGCCCCUUACACUAUGCUGCACAAAUGUGUGGGGAUCCAGCUGUGUCAGAAAUUGGUAUUUUAUGCCUGAAGGCUUUAAUCAAGCGAGGAGCCAAGGUAAAUGCCAUAGAUAAUGGACAUAAGACACCUCUUCUGUGGGCAUCAAGUGCAGGAAGCAGUGAGGCUUGUAAGUUGCUCAAGGAAGCAGGAGCUGAUGCUACAUUAGCUGAUCUUGAUGGACUUACAGCUCUUCAUUGUGCAGUGACAUGUGACCAUCCAUCCUGUGUAGAGACACUCCUGAAGGAAUGUGAUGCUGCCGUAGACGUACCAGAUAAAAAUGGUUGUACACCUCUCUUUUAUGCUGCUUCCAUGGAACAACUAGGGAAUGUCCAAACGUUACUGGAGAGUGGAGCUUCUCCCAACCACACUGAUAAUAAGGGAAAGAGCCCAAUGCAUUGUGCUGCUGGAGCAGCCUCCCUGGAUGCUCUACGGCUCCUACAGGAGCAUGAUGGCUCCAUGAACCAAGCUGGAUCUGAAGGAGAGACUCCUUUUCAUGAGGCCCUUCAGAAGGGAGAUCUGGACAUUAUAAAGUUCAUGAUUGAGAAUGGUUGUAAGCCAGGGAGUCCUGAUAAGAAUGGCCGUACACCACUCCACAUAGCAGCAGUGAAUGCCAAUGUAGACUUAUGUAGAUACCUGGUGGAUCUCAAAGCAAACAUUGAUGCUUUCUACAAGAGUGAUAAUGGCUUACAGAUGACUCCCCUAGACUGUGCCUGGGAUAGUGGUGCAGUGUCCUGUAUGGACUAUCUCGCUUCCAUCGGAGCAAAGAGAGGGAGAGAGCUUGAUCACAAAAAGACCAUUAACCCAACCAAUAACUUAUUGAAUCCUCCACAUCCUAGCUAUACAACCAAACAGGAUAAGUCCAAUGUUAGUGGACCAAAGACUGUGAAUAGAACUACCAGUAGAGAUGAGAAACAAGACAAAGAGGGUACUAAAGACCAGAAAGAAGAUGAUGUUAGGACAUCUCCGAGGAAUGAAGCAUCCAUUAUUGAGAAGAGUCCUUACAUGAAAGCUCCACAUUCUAGUUAUGAUCAUGCAGAGAGGAGGAAUGAAGAAGAACAAAGAGAAGCAGAAGAGAGGAAGAGGUUGAGGUCAGCAUCUGUUGAAAAGAAAAUGGCUGAUUGGGAGAGUUACAUCAAAGAACAUGUCAACUUUUUGGAUGACUUGUUAGAAGUGGAACACGAGAGGCUUGAAUCAAUUCAAUCUCAUGCCAUCGAAGAGAAGGAAUCUCUUGUGAAGAAACUUGAAGAAAUAAGAGAAGAAAUGGAAAAGAGAGUAGAGAAGAAAAACUCAGAAGCUGAGAAACUUAGGGAAGAGAAAAGAAAACAGGCUGCAGAGGAGAAGAGACUGAUGGAUGAACGAUGGAAGAAGAUACAACAACAUUAUUUAAACAUUGAUAGCAAAGUAAGUGAUCAGAUAACGAUUCAUCGCCAAGCAACUCAGACCUUGGACACCAAGAUGACCAAGUUUGAGAAAAAGAGAAUCAGGAGAGAGAAGACUGACAUGGAAGUAUCAUCUAGAAAGUCACCUUCAAGGAAUUCUAACAGUGAUGACCCUGAAAGGAUUCAGAAGCAUGCGGACUGGUUAAAGCGAAAGAAUAAGGAGUACUUGGAGAAGAAAAAUGCAGUGAAAGUACAAGCACAUGUGAAAGUUGACAGUGCUGUUCUCAAUGCUCAUCUUAAAAGAACAUCUACUCCCAAGUGUCCGAAGUCUCCAGUGCCAUCACGAGUAGAUCAUUCUCAUAGAAGAAGGUCACCUUCACCACCUCAUGAUCGCAUACAGUACCAGCGUCAAGAACUUGAGAAGCAGAGAAGACAACUGGAGGAGCAGCACCAAUUCAGCAAGCACAGACCAGGAACUGUUGCUGGUAGAACUUCAAGCAGGAGUACAUCAUCUCCAUCACCAUCCAAACAUUCAUCAUCAUCACCUCAUCCUCCUACCAGCUCUUAUAAGGGACCUAGGAAGCUGGAUGGAGGGCGUACACAAUCUGCUGGAGAGGUUACUGAAGGCAGAAAGCCUUCUGGUCCUGAUGCAAUAGGUCCAACAAGUCAUAAACUAGCCCAACUCAGACGUAGCCAUGGAAACAACCUUAACAGAAAGCUAUGGCCGAAGUCGUGGGAACUUCAAGAUAAAGUGAGCAGGUCAAGUGAUGAGGGAGAAGAGAUAUUUGAUCUUAAGCAACACUUUUCACCAAGAUGGAAUGGACAGCUGAGACCUAGACAUGUCCUACAAUUCAGAUCAGUAGGUGCCUCAAGACAAGAAGGACAGGCAGAAGCAUGAUCAACCGAAACAAAUUGAGUAACACUGUCAAAAUCAAACAGUGGAAGCGUUCCUGGCUAUUCGCUUGUAGUUAUCGUUGACGAAGCUGUAUACACUUGGCAUUAGACAUAAUUAUGUUUCAUUUGCAGGGAUGCCAGUUUUCAGGCCCUGGCAAUUUAUUUCAGGCCGUAGUUUUUGCAUUUUUGUGUACAAAAUGUUGUAUUCUAGGUGAUUUUCAUGCCCUCUGAUCAAUACCAACUGGCAUCCCUGCAUUUGGAAUAAGAGGUGCCAUGAAUGCCUGAUUGUGUAGACAUCAGCUCUGCUGGAGACUUCAUAGUGUCAUCAUCAUCAAAAACCCUGACAGAAACUGGACUCCUGUUUUUCAGCUUGUUUUAGGCAAUAAGUCACUUUAUUACUUAGGAUACUGUCAGAUGCAACGUUUAACACCCCUAAAAGAGGGUGGGUGUCAUAUAUUUAACACAUGUGCCUCACCAAGUGCCUUAUCGAUAGGCUAUUGGCAAUGGUCUUUGUACAGAAAUUACUGGAACUCAUCAGGUUAAUGUUCAAUGUUCUGACGAAGAGGUUGUUGCAGAUAAUUAGAUUCUUUUCAAUUGCUUUUGUGUUGUUAACUCAUCUUUUUUCUAUGUAUCCUUUGAUAAUAAAGUGAUGAGUAGUACAGUGUGCCAAAUUUAUCCUGCCCUUUGCUUCUUUCAUCUUGCCUAUUUUGAUACAAUCUUGGCUUUACAUGUACUUUAUCUAUCACUCAAUUCAUCUCCCUAUAGUAGUAAUUGCAUAUGAUCUUAUUUCAUUCAGUUUAUGGAAGUAAUAAAUUCAAUACUUUCUAGUUACAUAUUUAUUUAUUCAAGGGAUUUUCCUCAUGAAACUGAACAAGAUAUUCAUCUGCUGUUCAAUGUUUAUUUAUAAACAUGUAUCAAGGCUGAAACAUUUAAUCAGAGGUUGUUUCAUAAAGCAAUGACUGUAUUGCGAUCACGUUAGCAAGACUGAUAUACUUUGAACACACAUAUUUGAUGCAAAGUUUACUUACAACACUUUAAAUGUGUUUAUCAGUUAAGAAGUCACACUUUGUUGAAAUUC